AUGGGCAAUACUGAGCCCAUUAUUACGGACACCUCGGUGGGCGCAGCCCAUGGGGUGAGCGAGGUGAAGUCGCUGCAUUUGGGCGAAGGGUUAGGGGGGAAUGUCUUGCAGACAUCGCAGGAAUCUGAGGAACCCUACGAUGAAGAGUUCAUCGCUCCUACCAAAGAAGAAGACCAAACACUUCGCAAAGUGGCCGCCAAUCUACCGUUGGUCGGCUUUGCUCUUUGUCUCGUUGAGUUUGCCGAGCGUGCGUCCUACUAUGGAGCACAGACACUCUUCUCUAACUUUGUCCAAUUCCCAUUACCCGAAGGUGGCAAUGGAGCUGGUGCUCCUCCGCGCGGAACCCAAAAGACAGCCGGAGCUCUUGGAUGGGGACUGCAGGCCAGUACUGGUUUGGUGCUACUAUUCAAGUUCUUGGCCUAUAUCGUCCCUAUCUUCGGUGGUUACUGGGCAGAUACUCAUGUCGGGCGGUAUAAGGCCAUUGUGGUUGGUGUUGCUAUCUGCGGUGUUGCCCACAUUAUCCAGAUUGUCGGCGCGAUCCCCUCUGUUCUCCAGCAAGGCAAAGCUCACGCGGCUCCGCCGUUCGUUAUUGGCCUCCUGCUUCUUGCCGUCGGUGCAGGUAUCUUCAAGCCGAACAUCUCGCCGACUGUUCUGGAUCAGCAUAAAUCCCAAACGCCAUACCUUAAGACUCUGAAGUCGGGUGAGACCGUCAUCGUCGACCCAGAAACGACAAAUACUCGGACCAUGCUGCUGUUCUACAUGUUUGUGAACAUUGGUGCUUUCUUCAUGCUGGCGACAACGUACGCGGAAAAGUAUGUUGGGUUUUGGCUAGCCUAUCUGCUACCGGGUAUCAUUUACUUCUUACUUCCACUCCUCCUGCUGGCUGUCUAUAAAAGGACCAAGAAGCAACCUCCCAGUGGAAACAGGGAGCUCGCCGAAGCCUUCAAAAUCGGAUGGACUGCUCUUGUACAGAACAAAUUCCAAUUCUGGCGCAAAGACUUCUGGGAUUCAGCAAAACCCGCAAGCCUUCGCAGUAAGGGGAUCGAAGUUAGUUGGACGGAUAUCUCAGUGUUGAAAGUUGCGAAAACAGUUGAGGCGUGCGACAUCUUCUGGUUUUUCCCUAUCUACAACCUAAACGACGGGGGUAUCGGCUCAGUCUCCACGAAUCAAGGUGCAUCAAUGAUCACAAACGGAGCCCCCAACGACGUCCUCAACAACUUCAACCCGCUGACACUUAUUGUCGCCAUUCCAAUUCUGACUUUUGUGAUCUACCCAUUCCUGGAGCGACGCAAAUUGAAGCCCGGUCCCAUCACCCGCAUGACAAUCGGGUUCGUUAUUGCCAUUAUAGGCGGCAUAGUGGGCGCACUCGUCCAAUGGAAAGUGUACCAGCUGUCACCGUGUGGCAGUCAUGCAUCAACCUGUGAUGAGGUGGCCGAUAUCAGUAUCUGGUGGCAGAUUCCCAAUACCUCUCUCAGCGCUAUAAGUGAAUGUUUCGCCAAUGUCACGGCGUACGAGGUGGCCUAUGCCCGCGCCCCAAAGAGUAUGAAGGGAAUCGUCGUUGCUAUUUUCCUCUUCAUGACUGCCCUAUCUAGCGCUCUUGGUGAAAUUCUCAUCCCGGCGAUUGCGGACCCAUGGCUGAUCUAUAUUUGGGGUGGUCCUGCCGUUGCCCUGGCAAUUCAGACUGUUAUUUUCUGGUUCAGAUUCAAACAUAUGAAUUCUGAGAACUACUUUGCCGAUACUGUUGAUUCUUCUCAGUUUGAGGUGGAGCAAGUAUCACCCAAGAGGGAAGUUUGA